UUUCAGCGGAUUUAUCUAGAAAAAUAUGCCUUGGCUACGAAAUCCACGUGCGUAUGUUGAAUCUCGCUGUGUUAGUUUCCAUUUGCGUAGUGACACUGUCCCCCAAAUUCCACCAUUGAAAAUCGAUCGAUCGAAAAAGCUGGCUAUCCAGCCAUCCCCUGGUGAACAUGAGGAAUUCGUCGUCUCAGUUUAAGCGAGCUAAAUCUUUCAAAGAUGGCGAGAUAAACGGAGUGAACGGAGAGUCCCCUCUGCACAAUUUCGUAAAAGCCAAACAGAAGAUAAAUGCUAUAUUUGGAGACAUCAGAAAGUAUCUUGAAGACUGUAAUAUAUUUUUAGCUGAUUUCAGAACAGCUGAUGAAAAUGAACAAGACAUCAAGAAAUUCUCAAGCGAGGUGUCAGGCUAUCUGGCUCAGGUUUCAAGCAUCUCAGAAGUAUUGUUGAGGGAUCAGAUGAAGGUGGCAUUUUUUGGACGCACCAGCAAUGGAAAGAGCACUACAGUAAACGCCAUGCUACAAGAUAAGAUCUUACCAAUGGGAAUUGGCCAUACUACAAACUGUUUCCUCAGUGUACAUGGCUCAGAUUUACCAGAUCCAUAUAUCUUGGUUCCAGAGAGUGAUGACAAAAAGAAUGUUAAAUCAUUAGGCCAGCUGGCCCAUGCUUUGUGUGAAGAAAAGCUUGAUGCUAGCAGUCUUGUUCAAGUCUUCUGGCCAAAGUCCAGAUGUAAAAUGUUGUCAGAGGAUGUGGUGUUGGUGGAUAGUCCUGGUAUAGAUGUGAGCCCUGACCUUGAUCUUUGGAUUGACAAGCACUGCUUGGAUGCUGAUGUGUUUGUUCUGGUCGCUAACGCUGAGUCAACGCUUAUGGUCACAGAGAAAAACUUUUUUCACAAAGUGAGUCAGCGUCUUUCCAGACCAAACAUCUUCAUUCUAAAUAACAGAUGGGAUGCAUCUGCAUCAGAACCUGAUACAAUGGAACUGGUGAAAAAUCAACAUCUCAGUAGGAACAUUAGUUUCCUUGUUGAUGAGCUUAAAUGCGUAGACAAAGGACAAGCAGAAGACAGAGUGUUUUUUGUCUCAGCUAAAGAGACCUUAAUGACGCGAAUGCAGAAGCACCAGGGAAUGCCUCAGGGAGGUGGUGCCAUUCAUGUUGAGGGAUUUCCUGCCCGACAGCUGGAGUUUGAGAACUUUGAACGCAAAUUUGAGGAGUGUAUUUCCAAGUCAGCAAUACAAACCAAGUUUGAAUCUCAUGCAGUUAGUGGAUUGAAAAUUGCAAACAUGGUAAAGGUUGUCAUGGAACAGAUAGUGGGUUCUGCAUUUCAGCAAAGAGCUAAACUGGAGAAAGCCAAGAAGGAGCAAGAGAAUAGACUAGAAUAUGUGAAGGAACAGCUAGAAAUCUGUACACAUGAUGCCAAACGACAGAUCAAGGAAAUCACGUCUAAAGUUGAGGGACAGGUGACUGAGGCUAUGACAGAAGAGAUCGGCCGACUGGGAUUGCUGGUGAAUGAGUUUGAUCAUCCAUUCCAUCCUCAUCCUGGUUUCCUUAAAACAUACAAAAAGGAGCUGUACAAUCACUUAGAGAAGGGCUUGGGAAGGAAUAUGACGGCUCGUUGUUCAAAUUCUCAAACACAAGUGAUUUGUGAGGCGCAGAGAGAAAUGGCAGAUCGUCUUCGUAGUCUUCUUCCGCCUGAAACGCCGGAGGUAUCUCUUGAGCCUGGCACUCCAACACUUGAUUUUCAAGCGAGCUAUAAACUGGAUGUGCCCAGCCUAUGCACAGAUUUUCAAGAAGAUAUCGAGUUUCACUUUUCCCUGGGCUGGCAAGCGAUUUUGAGGAAAUUCUUGGCGCCUCAUAAUGCUGGACUUGCCAUCGCUUUGGGAGCGAAUAUUCAACAAAAUGUGCAGAGUCUAGUACCUACCACACAGCCGUGUUCCACAGAGGCGAGAGCUGGGACUAGUUCCCAGGCGAGUUCAACACGUGACGUUAUGAGACGUCACGAGGGUGAUGAUGUCACCUUGGCUGUCGUGCAAGGGUUAGCUUCACUGACGUCACGUACUGGUACACUGGUAGUCAUAGUUGGAGGACUGAUUUGGAAGACUGUGGGAUGGAAGUUCAUAGCUUUGUGUGGUGGCUUAUACAGUGGAGUGUAUGUGAUAGAGAGGGUACGUUGGACCAAUGGUGCUAAAGAGAAAGCCUUCAAACGACAGUUUGUGGAUUACGCUUCUGAAAAGCUCCAGUUAGUAGUCAGCUUCACAAGCGCCAACUGCAGUAUACAAGUGCAACAAGAAUUGACGUCAACCUUCGCGAAGCUUAAGUCUCUGGUUCAGAGGGCAAAGGAAAGUUUGGAAGAAAACAUCAUCGAACUGUAUAAAGAAAUAACAAGGCUUGAGAAAAUCGAAAACGAGGCGAAAAUAUUAAGGAACAAAGCAAGUUGGUUCGAAAGCGAACUGUCCCAAUUUAUCACCGAGUUUGGCUUGGAAAAGAGCAAAAUAUGAAAUCUGGUGAAGUGAAACGCUCUUGAACGCUGGGAUGUAGGCUUGAAGGCUGCCUGCCUGUCAGUUAUGUAACUUUAAUGAACGAUCUUUACAGUGAGUUUAACCAUCGUUUAUGCACAAAUCCUUCGCUCGUUGUAGAUAAUGAUUAUAAUAGCAAUUUUGUGUUUGGUGCGGAAAGAGCAUACUUGAACAUAAUGUUGUAAAUAGUCGCGAAUUCGAGUUAUAUUAUCUACUAUUCAAGGGUUGUUUUACAUAAAAUGAUGUGUUCAUUAAAAAGGCACCCGAACAUUGAAGUUGUAACGAGCAUGGGCUCCAUCCAUUCCCAUACCAGGGAACCCAGUAGAUUGGUAAUUCACAAAAGCGAACUGCUUUCUAAGCGUUGUUUCUUUCUCUCCAGCCUUGAGAACUCUUAUUAGCUGAAAGAACACCAAGACUUUGACCUUGGGAAUUUGUUUGCGUCAAGAGGUUGAUAGUAGCCAAUAAGAUGUCGCUAUGCCCUGAGACUUGGUCACCAGGAAAACUAAACUAAGUGAACUCAUUUAUAUGAAAAUUGAUUUAAAGCGAAGGGCUCUCCGGUAACCUGCUUAUGUUUCGGUUUGAUGGACGAUUUUAAUCUGUCUUAUUUAGUCUAAAAGCGGCAUGAAACUUCACGCUACUAUCUGCGCCAGAAACGCUAACAACGUCUCCACAAUCGAAUUCGAGAUUGACUGUAGUUUACUACAAAUUCAAGUUUCUGGGUCCUACUGAUUCUGAUAAUCUGUAUCGAGUCACCGAAUGCUGCGUAGCUCUUCCACCUCAAUUAAUGUUAUCUCGCUUACAAAUACAAUGGUCUGAAUUUGUCCGUUCUCUAUCUAGGAUAUUUUUUUUUUCUUGCCGAGAAUGUCUGGCAGGGCUUGUACUUUAAGGCGGUUAAUAAACAAGAGAAAGGUA